AUGCACUCCCGACGGCCUCUACCAUCGAAGCGGCGGGGACUCGACCCCGCAAGGCCUCUGCCCCCGCAGCUCGGACGUCGCCAAGGUUCUGCGCAGUCGUUCGUCGACCCGAUCCGGGCGCACUUCGUCAGCCAGCGCGAUGCGCGUCGUCGCAUCGGAGUGUACGUCGUGCUGUUCGGCCUGCUCGUCGGCUUCCUCUUCACCUCGUCGAUCGCGUGGGUGGCGCUGACGGCCGCGGGCGUGCUCGCAAUCGCGGAGGCCUACCUGCAGCCGCGCAGCCGCGACCCGACCGUCAUCCUCGGCUACGUGGACGGUCCGCUCCUCGUGAUGAUCGGUGGCCUCUUCGUCGUCAUCGCGGGCUCGCGCCUCACGGGGCUGCCGCAGGAGAUCUUCGACCUUGCGAAGUCGAUCAAGGGCGUCGGCCUCGACUUCGACUCGCCGAAGGAUGUCUGCGUCUUCGCCAUCCUCGUGCUCAUCCUGUCCAACAUCUGCUCCAACGUGCCCACCGUGAUGCUCCUCUCGGGCCAGAUGAUGAAGCUCGAUCCGUCGAUCGUCGUCGAGACGGGCUGGGUGAUCCUGGCCUUCUCGAGCACCGUCGCCGGCAACCUCACGCUCGUCGGCUCGAUCGCCAACCUCAUCGUCGCCGAGAAGGCCGCGCGUACCGGCUACGAGUUCACCUUCUUCCGCCACCUCGCCUUCGCAUUCCCGACCACGCUCGUCUUCGCCCUGGCCGGCAGCUUGCUCCUAUUCUACAUCGUGUGA